AAAAAGUGUUAAUAAGGUAAUAGUGUAGUGAAAUGAAGUAGGUGAUGUUGGCACGAUGCUCGCCAUGUCGACGCUGAUGAUGCCCGCGGCCACCAUGACCACCAUGACCAACGCCGGGCCCAUCCCCGUGGCGCAGGCCAAGCUGGAGCCCAAGCUGCUGCAGCUGCCGCACCCCAUGAUGCUGCAGCAACACCAGCACACGCACCCCCACACCAAACUUGAACACUACCACAUUUUCGUCGGCGACCUGAGCCCCGAGAUCGAAACUCAAAGCCUCCGGGAUGCCUUCGCGCCCUUCGGGGAGAUAUCGGACUGUCGAGUGGUACGAGAUCCUCAGACCCUCAAAUCCAAGGGCUAUGGCUUCGUGUCAUUCCUUAAAAAAUCGGAGGCAGAAUCAGCGAUUACGGCCAUGAAUGGGCAGUGGCUGGGCUCCCGGUCUAUCCGAACCAACUGGGCCACACGCAAACCUCCCGCACCUAAGAACGAACUAAAUUCAAAACCUCUGACCUUCGACGAAGUCUACAACCAGAGCUCGCCUACCAACUGCACCGUGUACUGCGGGGGCCUAGCCGCCGGCCUCACCGAGGAGCUGCUCCAGAAGACCUUCCAGCCCUUCGGCUCCAUCCAGGAGAUCAGGGUGUUCAAGGACAAGGGAUAUGCCUUCAUCAGGUUCUCGACGAAGGAGAGCGCGACGCACGCGAUCGUGGCGGUCCACAACACCGACGUGAACGGCCAGCCCGUGAAGUGCUCCUGGGGCAAAGAGUCCGGGGACCCGAACAACGCCCAGACACCAGGACAGCUCGGUGGCACCGCCUACAGUCCCUUCAGCGCGGCGUACACCGGCGGCGUCCCCCCCGCCUCCUACUGGUACAACACGUACCCGCAGCAGCUGGGAGGCUUCCUGCAAGGCGUGCAAGGCGUGCAAGGCGUGCAGGGCUACUCCUACGGACAGUUUGGCUACCAGCAGCAGUAUAUGGGAAUGGGCGGAGUGCAAUUGCCAUGGGCGCUCGGCGGCGGCGUUGGCGGCGUCGGCGGAGUCGGCGGUGUUGGCGGCGUUGGCGGCGUCGGCGGGGUCGCCGCCAUGUCACAGCCGCCGCAAGUGCUGCAUUACCCAGUGCAGCACUUUCAGGUGCAGCCGAUUAGUGAGGAUGAGUGGCUCGCACCGAGCCUGCUGGUGUGAGGGCGUGGGUGCUGCUGCCGCGCCGACUGCGUCUAAACCCCCCCUCCCCCUCCCACUUCAACCCCCUCUUCUGUUAGGGCCGUAGCCA